GUCAUGACGCUGAUAACGUUUCUCGGUCUUUAUAGUUUUCGUAUAAAUAACGUGAGUUCUUUCGUUACAAACAUUGUCGAGUUUGUACACAAACAGUAAACAUGUACAAGGCUGUGCUUUUGGUCUGCGCUCUGGGGCUCACGAUCCAGUCCAUUGCUGGAGCAUGCAUUGGAGCUGGAUUGGGUGUCGGACCCUUCGGUGUUGCUGGACCUCUCGGCCUCGCUGAACCUUUUGGUUACGGCGGUCCUUUUGGUCUUGCUGGACCUCUUGGCCUCGCUGAACCUUUUGGUCUCGCUGAGCCUUGUGGUCUAGGUCCACUAGGUUCUCCUUACGGAGCAUACGGUGCUUACGGUCUCGGCUACGGCAACUAUGCUGGACCUUUCCGUGCUGGUUUGGGAUGCGGAGCUUACAUCUAAAAGGAGAUACUUCGAGCUAUUAAAUAUUUCAAUAUAUGUUAUCUUCUAUUAUGUUUCGAAACAAAAUA